AUGUCUGACGAAGUCAUCUCUGUCAGUUUCCUUGUCUCUCUACAGGGUCCUCAAGUGGACGAGACGCAGAUGAACAAGAUCUUGGACUACAUCGCUUGGGGCAAGAAGGAAGGUGCUAAACUCUGUGCUGGCGGCAAGAAGCUUGAUCGUGAGGGCUACUUCAUCCAAUCCACCGUGUUUGGAGACGUGAAGGAUAACAUGAAGAUCUCCCGAGAGGAGAUUUUCGGUCCAGUGAUGCAGAUUGCAAAGUUCAAGACCAUGGAGGAGGUCCUGGAGCGUGCCAAUGACUCCAUCUACGGCCUUGCUGCUGGCAUUUUCACGCAGGAUCUGGACAAGGCCUUGUAUGCAAUGCAGGGCCUUCGUGCUGGUUCUGUGUGGGUGAACUGCUAUGACGUCUUUGACGCGGGGGCUCCCUUUGGCGGCUACAAAAUGUCUGGUGUUGGCCGCGAACUAGGUGAAGACGGACUCAAGAUCUACAGCGAGACCAAGACGGUACGCACACAGCCCCUUCGCGUUUACUUCACCCUACUCCACUGGUUGUUUAUGACCAGUUCGUUUAUUCUCAGAGUCUCCAAAUAA